AAACAUUCCCGUAGUUGAACUUGUCAAGUGGACACAAAAUACAAAAUAACUCAUAUAUUUUAGAUAUUUUGGAAUAUUUCCCAGAAUGAUUCUACAAGUUAUCAUUCAACUUUGUUUCCUACUUGGAUUCCAAAAGAAUUGGGGAUUUUCAGUUGCGGAAGACAAUCUCUCCAAAUGCUUCAAGUCCGGGAAACCUAUCCUCGAAUAUAUAUCCAACUUAAAAGAUGAAAUCAGAGCAACCAAACAAAAGCGCCUGGAGUUUGAACAGGAUAACAAUAAACUUAGAGAGAGAUUAUUGAAAAUAAGCUAUUUAAAAGCCCAAGACGAUGCGAAGAGUGAUCAGAUUAAUAGAUUGCGCACAGCGAAUGAAGACUUGAGAACAGUACUCUGGCAAUUCGCGGAGCAACAGAAUAAUAUUGGACGAAUCGAAGGGUACAUCAUUGACAUGUUGAACAAGCAGAAGAACGAGAUUGAAGAAGGGAAACAUAAUGAAGCCAAGGUUCAGGAAGAGUUAAAAAAAGAAAUAGAAGAAUUACGAAAAGGUGAAACGAAAUCUAAAUCUCAAACUGAAAUAGAGAUGAAUUUGAAGAGCAUCAUAGAAAGUUUAAAUAGGAGUUUAGCAACCGAAAAGGCGAAUCGAAUUGAAGCAUUUAAAAAGCUUGCAUCUAAAAGUAAAGAAUUAGGAAACUGUAAGGCUAAAGUAAAGAAUUGUAGCAAUGAAAUAAAAGAAUUAAAUUCUCAGGUAAAUUCUUAUAAAAAGAACAUAACAACAACUAGACUAGACUUGUGUAAGGAAAGAAUACCGAACACCGGUUGUAAGGGCCACGCAUCUGGAAUUCAUAUGAUCGCAGUUAACAAACUUGAUCCUUUUUCUGCCUUCUGCAACGGGGAUAUAGAAGGUGGUGGAUGGAUAGUAAUUCAGAAACAAUUUGAUGGUAGCGUAGACUUUAACAGAACUUGGACGGAGUAUCGUCAAGGUUUCGGGAACGUUGGGGGAGAAUUCUUUAUUGGGCUCGAAAAACUGCAUAGCAUAACGAAUUCCGGAUCCUCUGAACUGUAUAUGCAAUUAGGUUUUUUUAACGGAAGCUUCAACUUUGCUGCCUAUGAUAAUUUUAGCAUUGGUAGUGAAGACGAGAAAUAUGAAUUAAAAUCGCUGGGUCGAUUUAGAGGAACAGCUCCAAAUAAUAUGAACUAUCACUUAAAUCAGAAGUUCUCGACCUUUGAUCAGGACAAUGAUCCAUGGGUUGAGGGAAAUUGUGCUUUCGCGGUUGGUGGCGGUUGGUGGUACAAAUACUGUCUUCGUGUCCAUUUUAACGGCAGAUAUUAUAAAAGUAAAGUCAACAAAAUCAACAGUAUAAACUGGGGAGCUGAUUUCGAAUCUCUUAAAUCUGCCCAGAUGCUCAUCCGAUUAAAAUAACGUCUAAGGGUAUCUUAACAUCUACGAAAAUCUUCCAAAACUGUCAAUGAAUGUGUAACUUAUCAUCAAAUAAUAUUCUUGUUAUAUGCACUUUA